UGCAGAGACGGUGUAUAUUUUAAAUCAAAGCGUUACACUAUGAGCAAGCAGCUAUCAGCUGAGUCGCUGCCUAUAUUCCAAGAAGGAAUAUUUCUUAUCCUCUCCAGAUGGUCGGCUCUGCAAUUAGCCGUUGAGAAUGAGUGGGGUGGCCGUGGCUCUGGACAAUUAGCUGACCAGCUUGGUUCCGAUAUCUUCUCCUGGUUCACUCAAUCCAAGGAGCCUUUAUAUAUUGAUGAUUUAGAAAAUAUCCUGGAUGAAGGCAUGCUUUCUCUCAAUACCAUGAUUGAGGAUGGCAGCGUUGAAGAGGUUGCAGAAAAAUUAAUGAUCAUGCAUGAAGAGUGUUUGGAAGGUAACUAUAACUAUAUUGAAAAGUUGAGGCAAGCAGGUCCUAGAACUGGAGCUCAUCAACAUAUCAGAAAGGCUGCAGAUGAUGAUAGUGAUGAAGAAGAAGAAGAAGAAGAAGAAGAUGUGGACGAUAGAUCAAACAUGGCUGUUGAUGCACCACCUAAAUUUCAGUCAAAAGCAAAUCAAGUAAACAUGCAGGUUGAUGAUGGUAGCCAGGAGGCUCAAGGAGAAGACGGAUGGACUGUUGUUUCAUCUAGGAAAAACCGUAGUAAAAAGAAUUAAAUUAAAUCAAUUUUGUAAUUUACCUUUUUUUUUUCUUCCUUCACCUCCUCAGUCCUCCAAUAUGAUGUGUUCCUGUGGCAGUUUUGGUAUCCUAAUCAUUCUUGUGCUUUACUAGUGUGAUACUCUACCAGGUGAACUCUUUUUGAUCGUCUGUGAUACCGUGAGAAAACUGUGUGAGCUUGUUUAAUAUUAAUGAUUUUUGAAUUUUAUAAAAUUGAAAUUCAUUUGUAGAA